AUGGGACAGACUUUGGAGAAUGCAAACUUGCUUCAGAUGAUAAAAACAACACUGACUGGCACGCGUACCAGGACUUUGGAUCAAACUCAUCUGUCGGCCACCCUUUAUCAAGGCAGUGGAAGCAGUGCACCCCAAGAACCCGCUGAAGUUUCAGCUGAGUCGCCUCUGAGGUCAUCAUCUCAAGACGCAGAUGAAACAGCUGCUGUAUCAGGUUUGCCUCAACUCGGUAUGUUUGCCACAUUGUCCACUACACCAUCAGUGACACAUUCGAGUACAGCUGUGCCAUUUCAGCUAAUACCAUUAGAAACACCUUCCAUUUCAAAAGCAAGCACAUCAGGAUCAGACAUGCUUGCUGCUGUUCCAUCACCAUCAUUCUCCUCAUUGGUAAUUCAGUCACCUCAUACCAUUAACUUUUCGAAACCAGCUGUACUGCCCAUCAAAGUGCCUUUGUCUGCAGAUCCUGAAGGUUUCUUCAACACAGAUUCAGCCAGCUCACAGGUUAGUGAAAGCAGAAAUAGUCCUCUAAGCAUGGUCACUGUAGUACAUUCCAGUACGGUGAAUGACAGAAAGGGUCCCGAGUUGUUUACGGCUACCAUGCCUUUCAAUCUCUUUGGAUCGACAACAGUGCAUUUCACAGAAAUAGGGGGGAAAGGGCCUCCUUCAGAAAGGACCUCUUUUUUGUCUCUAUACUCUGAUAUUCCUGUGUCAAAAACAUAUCGGUCUUCCCUGCCAGUAACUUCCAGAAGCCUGUCACAGUUUCCUAAUGAGAGUAUGUAUAAUGUAUCUUCCACUGGAGUAAAACCAAACAGUCAGCCAUUUAAGGCAGCACUGCCUGACAGGAACAGUGGUAUCACUCCUCUGUCAUCACCAGUUUUUCAGGAUAAAUCAGAGGUUCCUACAUCAGUCUUCCAUCCUGUGGGUACUUCACAUCUAAUACCCCCAACGAGUCAUCCUCAGUAUUCCACAGCCCCGACUAAUUGCACUACAGGCUCUACCACUGCACCUUUCUUGUCAUCAGCUUCUGAGAGCCUAGCUGAUGUCUCCAGCUCAGCAGAGAGCACGUCUUCCCUUUCAUUGCCAAAAUUACUUAUUCCAGAUGCAAAGCAUGCUCGCAAUGCAGUGCUGCCAGUACGAGCGUUUAGAAGCGAAACAGAUUUUCUCUUUAGCGAUGCAACACGCUCCUCUUCAACAAGCACCAGGUCUCCCUUGCUAACUGAGACAAAUGACACCUUUACUAGGAUAACACACAGAAACAGUCCCAGUGCAGCAGCAGCUGAUGAGGAUAUUUUGCAAAUCCCUCUGACUGUUUCCUCGCAGCACUCGGUGGCAGCUCUGAAUCAGACUUUUGCACAAGACCUGACUGAGGGAGCUUAUCUGGUAAACAGCGUGCGGUUGCCAACUGCUGCCGCACGUACUCUCCCAACUUCUGAUGGCUUUCCCGUGGCAAGAACAGCUCGACAGCUUUUCACAAGAGGGGUGACAGCAAAGACAUCCAUGAACUUUAAUGCUAAUACUGUUCUGCCUUAUGGAUCUCAGCUUUCCAAAGUUUCUCCAGAUAUCCAAACCAGUAAACUCCCCGAAGGAUCAAAGAUACUAGGCAGUGUUUUGGAAACAGCCGUGACUAGUCCUGAUCUAGCUGCAGUGCUGUUAAUUACUUCCACUACAGGCCUUUCAAAACCUGAAUCUAUCACAAAUACAUCUGCUACUGAUAUCUUUGUGACUGAACGUCUUCCACCUGGAGAUGCAAAAAGUCCAGAUGUAACCGCAAAUGAAGACAGAAAUACGCGAGUACCCGCUGUUGUGACCCCACAUGCAGAGUAUUCCCCUCCAAGAGCUUUAAAUCAUUUUACUUCUGAUCAGACUUCACGUUCGGUUGAUAGAAAGCCGCUCGCCUCUGUCGUGGCUCCAGUGUGGGGGACGCUGCCAUCGCUCGUUUCCAUGACAACGGUGAUGGACAGCCAGGGCUCCAGCUUUUCCAGGAUUUCUAAUGCAGACGCUGAAGGCAAUUUAGAUCCUGUCAGCUCUCCUGAAGUCGCAACUUCGGCUUCUACGGUGACCAAGACAGCAUUGCUGUCUUCAGCUGGCAUUAGUAUUCCUGCGGUAAAAACGUCAGUCAAAAUGGCAAUAAGAGAAGUUCCUCCAAGUACUUCUCCAUUGGAAACCGAGUACAAUGCACCAUACUCGGUAGUUUCAAGUCUGCAAAAGAAAAGUAAUACAAAUAAGCAGGCACUCUUCUCCACCCCUUCAGCAAACUAUACAUAUGCAAACUCUAGUCAAAAUGUUUCAAAUUCGCCCUUCACUGGAAUGAAGUCAACUAGUUUUGCAGCAUUUGAUGUAGAUGCAUUUGCACUGAAAACAUCUCCUGCUCAGCAUUCAUCCCUUGCUACCGCUCUGACAGUGCCUGACCCCCUGCAAAAAAAGCAUGGAAGCACAGCUGAAAAUGUUGCUAAUUUCUUUACUGUUGGAGACAUUAAUAUCAGUAUACACUAUGAAGCACCUCUCCCUUUACGUGUGCCUUCUGUUAAUCAUACAGGUGCUUUCCCUAGCUCUUUAGAAUCACAAACAACUGAUGCUGGAAAGAUUACUUUACUGACAAAAACCUUAGGCACAACACCAGCAUUGGCUUUUCAGCUCACUGACAACUUGACUCUUUCAGCCAGCGAUGAAAAUAGUGCCAUCCACAGCAUACUGCCAACCGAGUACACCUCUCCCGUAAUGAAGCCUUCUAGCUCAACUCUCUUGCAGAGUUUUAUUGCAGAAGAUGACAUCGGUUCUGGAAAUUUGCCAGAAUUUGCAGAUAACCAAUUAGAGUCCUCUGGUUAUUUGGUUACAGCUGAUAAAAAUCCAGCUACAUUUAGUGUGGAGGAGUGGGACACAAGUGCUACAAGACGUAGUCUAGUUCCCAGUAAUAUAUCUAAUAAAGCUACCAAGGGCAUCCCAUUGCAAACCCCUACCACCAGUGCUCCGCAGUCAGUCAUCAUAACUUCUGUCCAUACAUCACCAACACAACUAACUUCUUCUUUGUCAACAACCAACUUUACCCAUUCUGUCAUUACAGUGUUAUCUGGAGUAUCUUCUGGUGCAAUACCUACAGUAGGAACUUCAGAAGCAAAACCACUAACAAGAAAAUCAUCUCCAGCUUCACCAGUGCCAGCUUCUUCCUUCUUUUCUCUGGGCACUGAAAACACACCUUUGCCAUCUGUGAUGGCUUUAAGCACACCAAUACUGACACUAACAAAAAAUAACACUGCCACAAACUUGACAUCGGAUCUAAGCUCAGUAGGAACACGUACAGAUUUCCCUUUUGCAACAAGAAACACAACUGCAUCACCCCUGGACAUGACAGCUAUGCUCAUAACCCCUAAAAGCAGCACGGUCACAGCUUCCACACUUGCACCCACAGCACACGUACCAAGGCAGAUAGAAACAACAGUAACUGACACCCAGAAGUUCCCAAGCUCAGAAAUCACCAAAACGUCAGCCCCGUAUCCACUGACAAUUACAGCAGCUUUGACAUCUAUUACAGCAUCAGCGAAAACAACUAGGCUUCCCCCUACUCCAGUGGAAAACAUCUCCGCUCCUCCCGAAACCACAGCAGCAGCCGCUUUCGCUAACAUGACAGCAGCUCCUCCCCUGGAUUGCCGGCUCUCCAGGAACCUUAUGGUUAAAACAGUUCUGUUUCUGAACACAAGGAGGAUGCUGAUCAGCAGUCCCUUCAAGGAGAGUGUGAGAAAAGGGCUCAACCAAGUGCUGAGACAAGCGUUCAACCAAAACGUCAGUGCUCAGGUUGAAAUCCUGGAGCAAUCGAAUAACGUAACAGUCGGUUACUACGUUACACGGGGCAGACUGGUUUUUAUGCCGGCUGCUGUAAUUGAAAGGCUUCUCGCGUACGGCAUCAGCAACGCCACGGCAGACAUAAAGCAGCACGUCCCGCAUCUCCAGUCGGUGGCGGCCCUGGCCGUGCCGUGGAAGCCCCUUCCCGCGUACCACUUCCAGCUGAAAACCGAGCUGCAGUUUGUGGGUCAAACAGACAAUAUCCAGUCAUGCAAGUUUGUUCAGACCAUGGAGCAACGGUUACAGAGAGCAUUUCAGGAUGCUGAAAGAAAGGUCUUAAACACCAGCAACAACUUAACAGUUCAGAUUUUGAACACCUCCAAUGUGUCCCAAGCUGUCACUCUGUUUUAUGUAGUGAACAAUCAAAGCACAACUCUAAAUGGCACUAUUUCCAGCAACCUUCUUAAUCAGCUGUCAGCUGAGCUGGUGGGUUUCUACCUAACCUACCCACCUCUUACCAUUGCAGAAUCUUUGGAGUAUCCAAACCUUGAUGUCUCAGAGUCAACUAGAGACUACUGGGUGAUAACAGUUAUUCAAGGGGUUGAUAUUGCAUUACUGGGACUGAACAAUCAGAGCUUUGCAAGAUUAAUGGAGCAGCGUUUGGCUCCGCUGUUUAUGAUGUCCCACCAGCAAGGAAGACGAUUCAAACGUGCCACUACUGUGGGCAGCUACACUGUGCAGAUGGUAAAAAUCCAACGUAUUCCAGGACCCAAGGAGCCAGCUGAACUAACAUACUAUACUUUAUACAACGGGAAACCUUUGCUGGGCACUGCGGCUGCCAAAAUUUUGAGUACUGUUGACUCCCAGCGGAUGGCCCUGACCCUAGGUUAUGUUAUUCAAGUUCAAGCUGAUCCGGUGGUGAAGAACCCCCCAAACAACCUGUGGAUCAUUGCAGCGGUGCUGGCUCCCAUUGCUGUGGUUACAGUUAUCAUCAUCAUCAUCACGGCGGUUCUGUGCAGAAAGAACAAGAACGACUUCAAACCAGACACCAUGAUGAACCUGCCUCAGAGAGCCAAACCAGUACAAGGCUUUGACUAUGCCAAGCAACACUUAGGUCAGCAAGGAGCUGAAGAUGAGGUUUUACCUGUAACUCAGGAGACCGUUGUACUUCCACUUCCAGUUAGAGAUGCUCCUGCCUCCCAGGAGAGAGAAAUUACUCAGGAUGGGAGCACCAUCAAAACUGCCAAAUCCAAUGAAACAAGGAAAAGCCGGUCCCCGAGUCAGAACGGCUCCAUCAUCAGCAACGGGUCGGGAAAGCCCAGCUCCGGCCGCAGCUCCCUCCAGAAAGUAAUGGCACCGCAAAAAGUGACAAAAGACGAAGGAAGGAAAAGAAACGUGCCUGUAAGUGAUGAAGAGGAAGGAGGCAUUCUCUUUGAUAACAUCGCCAAAUCUGCCAUUGACCCCUUCGACACCUCUUCUGGAUCGGUACAACUGAUAGCUAUCAAACCCGUGGCACUACCUGCUGUUCAUGCUGCAUCAGAUAGGAGCCAGGAAUCUGCCAUCAUUAAUGGAGAGAUGAACAAGGCUUUGAAGCAGAAGUCCGAUAUAGAACAUUACCGCAACAAACUGCGCUUGAAAGCCAAGAGGAAGGGGUACUAUGAUUUCCCUCAGGUUGAUAACAACAAGGGGCUGACAGAGAGAAAAAGGAUGUAUGAGAAAAACCAGAAAGAACUUGACCACAUUUUGGAUCCAGAUGCAGAUGUCUCGUCUCCGUUUGCUGAGCCUAAGAACAGGCAACCGAUGAAGAACUCAGUAUACAGAAGCAGGCAGUCUUUGAACAGUCCUAGCCCAGGAGAAACUGAGAUGGAUCUUCUAGUGACUCGAGAAAGACCUAGACGUGGAAUCCGUAACAGUGGAUAUGACACUGAGCCUGAAAUUAUAGAAGAAACAAAUGUUGACCGCGUCAACGAGCCUCGGAGUUACGCCAGGUCCCGUCAGGCCAAAGGCCACUCGGAGACCUCAACCUUAAGUUCUCAGCCCUCUAUUGAUGAGGUUCGACAGCAGAUGCAUAUGCUCUUGGAAGAGGCUUUCAGCCUGGCCUCUGCGGGCCACGGAGGACAGAGCAGGCAGGAGGCGUACAGCUCAGCACCGCACUUGCCCUACUCGGAGGUUGUGACCAGUGCUCCUGGUACCAUGACCCGACCUAGAGGGGGGGUACAGUGGGUACCCACAUACAGACCAGAAAUGUAUCAGUACAGUUUACCAAGACCAGCUUACAGAUUUUCUCAGCUUCCUGAGAUGGUAAUGGGUUCUCCUCCUCCUCCUGUCCCUCCCAGAACAGGUCCUGUGGCUGUUGCCUCUCUCCGGAGGUCUACAUCAGAUAUUGGCAGCAAAGUGAGAAUACCUGAGUCCAGUGGGGCAGAUCAGGCCCAGCAUCAUGAUCAGGCAUCUUUUGCACCUGGUUCGAGAGCUCCGAUGUCUGUUGGUCCACUUGAUCAAUCAGCUUUUCACUCAGGAAAUACUGUACCAGCAGUGUUUGCCAUACCAGCAGCAAACCGACCUGGCUUCACAGGCUAUUUUAUCCCAACACCACCUACUGCAUACAGGAACCAAGCCUGGAUGCCCUAUGCUGGAGAGAAUGAAUUACCAGGGCAAUGGGCAGACUCGGUACCACUACCUGGAUACAUCGAGGCUUAUCCACGGCCCCGCUACCAACAUAAUUCUCCUUCACGACUUCCUCGCCAAUACAGUCAGCAAGCAAGCAUGCAUCCCAGCCUGGAACAAGCUCCCUUGCCGUCCACCGCAGCUUCUCAGCAGAGCCUGACGGAAAAUGACCCGUCUGAUGCUCCGCUCACCAACAUUUCUACAGCUGCCCUCGUAAAGGCAAUAAGGGAAGAAGUUGCUAAACUGGCCAAGAAGCAAACAGAUAUGUUUGAGUUCCAGGUCUAA